AAAACAAUACCUAUGUGGAAGCUUACGCUUAUAGUUAGACUAGGCUACCACGAAAAUUUCAGAGGCGGUACUAAACUCUAAACCCCGGAAAAUUCGGUUUGAAAUAUUUUUGAGUUCAUUUUUUAAUUUAUUUGGUGACCAUAGUAUGCCUCAAAAAGUGGUUUUUGUAAGUUUUCAAUAAUUUGAACGAUGCUUGGUAAUAGGCAAACAUUUGGAUUUUGUUAUUAUUUUUUUGAAAGAAAAAUCUGCAAUAUGCUCUCUUAUCUUCAACUAAAUUUAAAAUCGUUGAAGUUUAUUUUCAAAAAACUGACGUUCUACUACGAUUGUCAUCUCUAUAUGUCCUCAAAUUAAAAAAGAGUUUCUAAAGAAUUUAUGAGAAACUGUAAUAAAAUUCAAACUCUUUAAUUUUAUAAUUUUCUUAAAAUUACCUAUUUAAGUAGAUCCAAAAUUCACCGUUGAAUCCGUCGUACUAUCAUUCACAUUGGAAAAACUGAAUUUCACGUUGCUAUUUUAUUUUUCUCGAAAGGUCACAAUUCACAAGUCAAAGUUUGUUUUGGCCAUUUAACGUUUUUCUCGUUAUUUCUGUAAAUUUGGCACUUUGUAAAAUUUCCAAUAAAAUGCUCAAUUCGUUCAAAAUCACAAUCAUAGAGUGUCUUCAAUUAUUCACAUCGUUACUUCUGCUUUCAAUCUUUUCAUGUGCACAGCGUGGCUCUUCAAGAGAACGAAAAUCCCAACGAGGAAACAGUGAUAUUUCAGUAUCACAAACACAGGUGUCAGAACGACCAUCAGAGCGCGAUCAGAAAAGGAGUGAGACAGGACUCAAUCCGAAUGUUCCGUGGCCGAAAGCCCCCUCAAAAAGGAAAGCCGGCAAUGGAGAUAAAGUCAGAGCGAUCAGAUUCACAGCACACGCUCACCAUCACUGUUCCACUGGGAAAAGCUUCAAGAAACGAUCAACCGCCUUCCAAUUUGACUGAGGAAGCCGCGAAGAAAGUCGCCGGAACUGGAAGAAAUGAUGGGAAAAAGGUGCAAUUUGCUGAGAAGUUGGUGAACAAAACAAAAUCACCAUCAACUGGACCGUCUACGUCGAAGAAACUACAAAAAUCUCAGAAAACUCAAAAAUCAUCCAAAAAGUCGCAGAAAAAAUCGAAGAAGAGUAAGAAAUCUUCAAAAAUUUUCAGAAAAAUGAAAGAAGAGUUUGGGUGAUUUGAGAACUUGUACUUUUGAUAAUAAAUGAUUUUGAAUAUGUUCAAGAUUGAAUAAAAUUUUGCAAUUUGUUUGAAACUGUUCCAAGUAUAUAAUAAUUUCAGCUGCAAUAAAAAUUAUAAUUC